ACCUCGUCCCCCACUAAACCAUUAACUAGCACUAAAUCACCUACAUCUCCCACCGGUGGGGAUUAUAGCAGCUAUUUAACCUCAACUAACCUUCAAACCGGAAAGGAUAUUUCACCGAUCUCGUCAGCCCCUCGUAUAACCCAUGCAAGUAGAAAACGAGUUAUAACUAAAUCCGACGGUUCUGUUGAAGAAACGGAAGAAGUAGUUGAACCUUCCUCACCAUACCAUUCACUGACUGCUGCCGCUUCUAAACCUGUAAUAGUUGGCGUUGUCCCCACAACAACCACAAGCACCACCUCUAACAAUAAGCUCAGUCUAAUUGAUUCGACAAGUGAUGGAUCUCGUAGGACAGGAAAGUCACCGGUUCCUCCUCAGAUUAGUGAAUCAAGUCGCACCCUAACUUCAUCGACAACAACAUCAACCACAAGUAACUAUAAGACUGGUGAAGAGACAAUAAAACACCCAGAGAAAGGAUUAAAUACAAAGAAAACGAUCCAUGUUACUGAGGAGAAAGAGCGAACCGUUGGAACCAAAAUCCACGAAACGUCCAAAGUGAUCACUGGAAAAUUAGAAGAUGUCGCCCCGUUACUUCAGGCCGAAGGUUUCGACAUCGAUCCAUCUAAACUGAAAAUGGGUAUUGAACCUGUUCCAAUAAAAACGGAAGAAACAAGAAAAGUUUCCUACACAACUACUAAAGGACCAAAUGUGCCAUCAACAACUCCAUCUAAACCAAGUCGUACAUCACCUGUAACACCAACAUCACCACCACCACAACCACCAACAACAACAACCGCAAAUGGUAGCCAAGGAGCUGGUGGUGCUCGAACUAAAUCACCAUCACCACCUCGAUCAACCUACAUUGAAAGAGAGAGCUCAAGAGAUGCCGGUGAAACAAUUUCUCCAACAACAGGCCUAAGUCAAUCUCAAUCUGAGUUAAUCUCUUCACAAUCUCUUUCUAGUAAAACUAGAACCGUAGAAACUGUUACGUAUAAAAUGGAGAAAGACGGUGUCGUUGAAACUCGUGUUGAACAAAAGAUAACCAUUAAAAGCGAUGGAGAGCCAAUAGAUCAUGACAAAGCGUUAGCUGAUGCCAUCCAAGAAGCGACUAUGAUGAAUCCUGACAUGACAGUCGAGAAAAUAGAGAUCUCUCAACAAUCAAGCAUAAACUAGCCAAUUAUCAAAAAUAAAAGAAACAUGGGAACAUUAGUAGAAACAUCAAUUAAUCAAAUUAAAUCAAAUCAACAAGAUAUUCCAAUGCUCCUUGAAUGCUCUUAAGAAUUUAUUUAAUCCCCUGAAUUCAGCGAAACGAAAGCGCAGCUCGAAAGCAUUUUCAUUUUCUUUCUUUCCCUAGAUAUUUGUUGUAACUUUUUUUUUUCUUUCCUCAUCUGUGUGUUGUGAGCUGGUUUCACUUCUCAUCAUUUCCUUUUCCUAUCUUUCUCAAUCAGAUGAAACAUGAUGAUUAAUAUCAUGACUUUUGGGCCUUUGUCGUCAUAUUUUCGUCGAAAUUAUCAUUUAUUUCUAUUCACAUUGUUUUUCUUUUUAUUGUCAAAACAAUUUCAUUUCUCUUUUCAUCUUGUUCAUGAUUAUCACCAACACAACAACCACAAUCACAACAAAAACCACCAACACCACAAC